AUGCCAUUCGCACCAAAUGGCGUGUUGUCACGGUUGCCCGGUACAACCAGAGCGGUGAAGCACGUCAACACGUCAGAGCAGUGUGAAGAUCACCAAAGCCAGCCACGCAUUUCCUCAUCAAAAUCCGCACAUGCUCGCUCGAUGGCAAGACUCAAUGACGAGAGUCAGCCAACUUCGGAGGGACAACCCUCCCUUGAGGUCCUAAGCCCGCAACCUUGCGCCCCUCCCGGCAAGGAUCAUCUACUCGCUUCAUUCGAGACAUCCCAUUGCCACGAGCCAGAUUCAGCCACGGACGACGGCCAGAUGUCCCGGGAUUAUGAAUACACCUCAUCCUCGAGCUCUACUCGCCAUUCCAGCAGCGACAUCUUCGGUCGCGAUGUGGAUGACGAACUCGAGCAAAUGAAGUCCCGAGCAUCGAGCCGCUCCUCGUUUUCAUCUAUACCGGCCUCGGUCCUCAUCCACCCGCUCGAAAAGAUCAACUCCAUGCGCUCGAUGAACCCCGCGGAGAAAAUGGCCGCCUACUCCGUCGAAGAAAGCGAGGCCAGUUUCGGGGAUUUCGAAGACUUUAAUAGUCCACCGAAGAAUAUCCGUACGAUCCGUCAACAACAAGCAGCGUUCCGGAAACCGAGCUCUGUUCGCGCGAUGCAGAUGCAUACGGAGGACGAGGCUGAUGAGGAUGAGUAUCUUACCCCACCUCGACGACGAAGUGGAAUGCGCGGAUCCCCUCACAAUGGCUCGCCGUUGAAGCGAUCGCCAUAUUAUUCGCCCUCGGCGAAUAAACCCAAGCCGAAGAAUGAGUAUCCACUUGUUCUUUUGCAUUGCAAUUUACUUACCCCUUCCCUUCCUGUACCCGGUGCAUCAUUGCCACAGAAUCAAGGCAUUGUCGAAGAGGUCCUGCCGCCAGAGUAUUGGAAGCGAUGGCGGAGACUCCAGGAUAAGGUUGGAUCGGGAGUUCUGCGAGACCGCGGCGUGUUGAUUUCCCACCCGGAAGACCUGUAUGACAUGCUGGAGGAGCGGCUACUGGAGAGUCUUGAGCUGCAACGUCCGCGGCUGCAUCAAGGUCACUUCCUCGGACACGAAGAGAGCGGUACUAGUUCCGAUGGAGCGUUCUCUGAUAGAGAAGAGAGUGAGACAGACGGCGAGCAAGGAGAUGAGUGUCCCGAUUGUGGCGGUCGUGUCCAGAAGCACAGUGACAGCAACCGCAAAUGGGAAAUUCGCGUCUACGCUGCGAAUGGGCUGAUGCGUGCAGGUGCGUGGGCCGCCGCCUGGAAAGAAAUGGAGAAGGUGGAUGUCGAGGUUGGGUUGUGGUUGCCUUCAGACGUGCGAAGGGCUUUGGAGAAGAGACUUGCCGAGGAGCAGGCUGUUACAAAGGAGGAUUUCGAAGUGGAUCCCCGGCGGUCGUCCGUCCAGUCUCACUCCCAGGACUUCAGCGACGCUGGGUCUUUCCAAGCAACCAGACCUCCUUUAAAGUCUGCACCGGCGCCUGUACCUGCACCUGCAUCUGUGGCUGCCGAGACCAAAUCUGCAGAGCCUCAGGCUGAACAUCCACAAGUCGAGCAGACCCGUGGAGAGAAAGAGCAACAGAUUGCUCUUCCGACUUUGCUGAUCAACUAUGUGCGUGUGCUGGCCACUGACAAACGCAACAUUGCUCUGGUUGUUAUGAGCAUUUUGGUGGUUUUCCUGGCUAUUGGGACUCGCCAGCAGCAAUUUACUCCUCCAGCCCUGCACUCAAUUCCGCGGGACAUUGUGGAAUUGCCCCAUGUUGCAGGUGUGCAAGCAAAUGAUGCUGCACCAGUGUCUGCUCCUUCUCCCAGCAUGGCUACCGCAGAGGGUUUCGUCGCUUCGGGCACUGUUGCCUCAGUAAUGGUAUCGGAGUCAGUUUUUUCUUCUGUGGAGCAAGUUGGUACAUCAACAGUAGCAGAAGAAGAUGUCCCUUCACACCCAACCCGUGAAGCUAAAACCCACUCAAUCGACUCCGAAGGUGUCGUAUCUGAGCUCGUAUCUGAGCCUGCAACUUCACACAUGGAAGCAGCCUCGCAUUCUGCUACAGCACAGGAUAAUAUAUCGACUACCGCUGGAGCCGGGAAAAUAUCUGUCCAUCCUCAGCCUCUCGAACCCGAAACUACAAGCACGCCUGCCUCAGCAGAGAGCGCUUCUUCGUCUUCCAUCUCUGAAUUGGAAACAUCAUCAGUUGAUGCCGAGGCGACUCCAACCAACACCGACCUUUCGGCACCAUCCACGCCAACGGAGGAUAUCCAACCUGAAAUUUCUGGGAGCCACACCGAGAACGCUCGCGAAACAGGAAUGGAAACCGCGAGUCACCAAACUCACAAUGAGAAUGUCAUUAUUGAUGACGAAUCUUCGCUCACUGAAGAGUGA